AUGGCAUAAUGCAUGUUGAGAAUUUGGUCAAGGCCUAUUAAUAUGUAAUUGACGCAGAACCAUGAUGAUUCCAAAAGUUAAAUUGAUAAAAUCCGAACUGGGAGAAUGUGGUUGUGCUUAAGAAUAUGGAUAGGUGUAUAUGCCCGCAUACAUAAAAGCCUCUAUGUUUGUAUUCUGUAAAUAUAUACGUUUUCUUUAUUAACUAAGUAUUAGUGGCCAGCAACGAGCCCUCCUAUUGAGCAAUUCCUUCACUUAACCCCGGAGCACUCAAAUCGACGGUAACCAUGCGGAGCUUGUGGCUAAAUACGUUGACCAAGCAGAGUCUAUAUAGGCUGAGUACCAAGAGGUACUCCACCAACGUUGAGCCCAAGGAGCCUGUAGUGAAAACCAAAUCGAUACCUGGCCCCAAAUCGAUUGAGCUUAAGAAGCAACUGGAUUCUGUUCAGGCCACCGGAACGAUCCAAUUCUUCGCUGACUACGAGAAGUCCAUUGGAAACUACAUCUACGACGUGGAUGGCAACAUUCUACUAGAUGUCUACACCCAGAUUUCCUCAGUUCCAUUGGGUUACAACCAUCCGAGGCUCUACAAGGUCUUUAACAAUGAGCAAAACCUGAAAACAUUGAUUAACCGACCUGCACUUGGUGUCUUCCCUGGCAAGGAAUGGCCGGAAAAACUGCACUCAGUUCUCUUGAACAUAGCUCCGAAAGGACUCAAUAAAAUCACAACCAUGAUGUGUGGUUCAUGCUCGAAUGAAAAUGCCUACAAGAGCAUCUUCAUAUGGUACCAGAACAAACUUCGUGGUAAUGCACCUCUUACCGAGCAGGAGAAGAACUCCUGCAUGAUUAACAUUCCCCCAGGAGCCCCGAAACUCAGUAUUCUCUCAUUCAAGGGAGCCUUCCAUGGGCGAACAUUGGGAGCCCUGUCCACCACACAUUCGAAGUACAUCCAUAAGUUGGACGUUCCAUCUUUCGACUGGCCCAUUGCCUCGUUUCCCGAGUAUCGAUAUCCCCUGGACGAAAACGUGGCGCACAACAAGAAGGAGGACGAAAAGUGCCUUAGCGAAGUGCAGGAUCUCAUUCAGCAGUACGCCAGCAAGAAUCCGGUUGCCGGAAUCGUCGUUGAACCGAUUCAGAGCGAAGGAGGCGACAACGAGGCAUCGCCCGAGUUCUUUCGGAGCCUCCAGGCUAUUUGCAAGAAGAAUGGCAUCGCCCUUCUGAUCGAUGAGGUCCAAACCGGUGGAGGUAGCACUGGAAAAUUCUGGGCCCACGAGCACUUCGAGUUGGAGAGUCCUCCCGAUGUGGUGACCUUCAGCAAGAAGCUGCAGUUGGGUGGCUACUUCCACAACGACGACUUCAUUCCGAAUGAGCCGUACAGGAUCUUCAACACCUGGAUGGGCGAUCCGGGCAAGGUCCUCCUGCUCGAGGAAGUCGUGAAGGUCAUCCAGGAGGAGAAGCUCCUGGCCAAUGUCGACGUGGCCGGCAAGGUUCUGAAGAACGGUUUGCUGAGCCUGGAGAAGGAAUUCCCGCAUAUCUUGAACUCCACCCGCGGUCGUGGAACCUUCUUGGCAGUCAACUGCACCAACACCAAGGUGCGAGAUCAAAUUAUCGGCGCACUCAAGUUGCACGGCAUUCAGACCGGUGGCUGUGGGGAAAUUUCCAUUAGAUUCCGCCCAGCUUUGAUAUUUAAGGAAUACCAUGCCAACAUCGUCCUCGAUCGCUUCCGCAAGGUUCUUCAAGGUAUUUAAGAAGAAAAAGAUACGAAAAAGAUUUAAUGAUUGUGCUCUGAAAAUUGCAAUGCGUGCAAUAUAAACCAUAUGUUAUCGAAAUGAAUAAUAAAGUAAAUUAAUUUUAUCCCUCUGUUAGCCAUGGCGUAUGUUUAUCGAUUUCUGUUCAAGGUUGGGACACCAUCAAGCGUUUAGCUUAUUUUUUCACAUAUGAUAGAGCACUCAUAAUAAAUUUAUGAUAUAACCAACAAAAAAUAUAUUAGCUUCCUUAGAGAAAAAAAGAUAGGCUAAUCUUAUCGAAAUGCAGAGUAUUAGAUAUAUAGAACUGGUUAUAAUGCUGCAAUAAAAUUUUAUUGUUGAGUGCUUUUUCUCCUCUUUAUUGGAACGUAUGCUCCAUGAUUCCUCUACUCUGCUAGUUAGCUUUGUAUAAUUAAAUACAAAAUAUGUUUAAUGGUCUCACAUGGAAGACCAUAAUACUUAUAUAUAUAAUACUUACUCCAUAUGGUUUUCAAUAAAUUGUGUGACAG